AUGUCUGUAAGAGUUGUUGCAAGGAUACGUCCUCUUCUUCCAAAGGAAUUAGACAAAGAUACCAUCGUGCGCGCCGAGAGCAGUCAAGACAGCAAAACUUUCAAUGUAGUCCGGAUACCGAACCCCAAAAAUGAAUCAGAGGAGUUUAGUUUCACCUUCAAUGGUGUCUACGAUAUGGGAACGUCACAGGAGGAGCUCUUUACGAAUGAGGUUGCCCCUACGCUAAAAUCAUUGUUCCAAGGACUUGAUGUUACACUGUUUGCAUAUGGAGUUACUGGAACGGGGAAAACACAUACAAUGCGGGGCGGGACGAAGUUGGCAGACCGUGGAAUUAUUCCUCGAUUAUUAAGUGGAAUAUAUCGCCGUGGUCGUAAGGUUGCUAAGGAUUCUGGCGAAGAAACCUCUGUCACUGUUACAUUGUCUUAUUACGAAAUAUACAACGAUAAAGUUUUCGACCUAUUCGAGUCUCCCGAUAAACGAUCUCUUGCUGGAUUACCUCUUCGAGAAAAGGAUGGGAAAACAAUAGUAGUUGGGCUGUCGGAAAGGUCCUGCAAUGAUCUGAAGGAUUUCGAAAAGUUAUAUAUAGAAGCCAACAACAACCGGAGCACAGCAGGAACCAAACUCAAUGCGCAAAGUAGUCGAAGCCAUGCCAUCUUGAUGGUCAAGGUAACACAAACCACUGGCGAUGCGUCUUUAAUCAGUACUGCAUCCGCGAUCGAUUUAGCAGGAUCAGAGGACAACCGGAGAACAGAUAACGGCAAGGAGAGAAUGAUUGAAUCUGCAAGCAUCAACAAAAGUUUGUUCGUGCUCAGUCAGUGUAUUGAUGCUAUUGGUAGAGGGGACAAAAGAAUUCCAUAUCGAGAAUCUAAAAUGACACGAAUUCUCAGUUUGGGUCAAAACAACGGUAUCACUAUAAUGAUCUUGAAUCUUGCACCCUUACGAUCUUACCAUUUAGAUACUUUGUCUUCUUUGAAUGUAAGUUCAAGAGCAAAGAGAAUAGAGGUUAGAGAGAUCGAGAAUGAAGUCGUAUUCACUCAACCACCCAGGAAAGUAGCUGGAACUAGUAUGCAACGACAGCCAUUGAGGCCUAUUACGAAUUCACAUAAUGCUGUAGCCAACCCAGCACAAAAGGCUGACAAGCCCGCAAAAGCUUUCUCUGUAUACACAGAUAAAAGUAAAGCAACUACAGCGCGGCCAUCAAACACCACUCAAAUACUCCGAAAAUCGAGCUCGAAUAAGAAAAGGCCAUCUGAUGGAGUUAUCGGUUCGCGGGUCACCAAACCCACUAGACCUACACCUUUUGGAUAUAAGUCGGCCACAGCUGAUAUCUCUGCAGCCAAGAUUGAGGAAAUGGUUGAGCGCAAAGUCUCGGAAAUCCUUGCCAACCGUGCCUUGGAACGGACAUCGAAUUCAGCACCUAGUGAGAUUAGUGAAGCUGUUCAGAAAAGACUCGAGGCAUUAGAAAAGAAAGUUGAUGAAAACUCGGCGGAAGAUGCGAGAUCUGAAGGUCUCAGGUUUCUGCUCAUGGCGAGACAACACAAAGAGCGCGGUGAAGAAAGUAGUGCUCUGAAGAUGUAUGAAAUGGCACUUCCUUUCUUCCCAGGGCAAGAGAAAUUGCUGAAGAAGAUUGAGCAUCUCAAAGCUAAAAUGCAAGCAAAGAAUGCUGGUGUUGCGGCCAAGCACUCAGAGCCUGUAGAAGCAGAAAGGCGAAAGCCCACUGCUCCAUUCUUACAGCUGCCAACGCCUGCUAGUUCGUUUCAACAAGAGGAAGAGGAAGAGGAAGUACGACCCAUGUCAAGAAAGGGGUCAAAGCCCGAUGCUGAGUAUGACGCGUCCUUCGUACACCAAGAGGAUCAUUACGAAGAUGAAGAUAGCUUUUCAUGUCGAGCUGCCAAGUCAAAAAAGUCGAAGUCUAAAUCGACAACCAAAUUACGUGUGUUCAACGAUGAAGCAUCUAUUGCCCCGCUAGAACCCCAAACGCCUCGAACAAGGCAUUUAUUAGAUAUUGUCAACUCUAGAGAUGUUGGCAUGAUCAGAGGCCUGUGUGGUGUAGGUCCUAAGAAGGCUAGAGAUGUGGUUGAGUUUCUGGAGCUACAGAAUGAGGACGAUGGUGGUCAGAUUAAGACAUUACAGCAGCUCAGAGCAAUCCCGGGACUAGGUAGCAAGACAGUAGAACGGGCGUACGAUGGCAUAGUGUUAUUAGUUUGA